AGAGCUUGUAAAGCUGAAAGCACCCUUCAUUGUCCUUGAACCUGGCUUCACUAGACUUCAUUCGACGUAAAGCACGUAAUUCGGUUGGUAGGCAAAGUUCUUCUCUCUAGAUUUCAGGGAAAGUACAAAAGUAAUUUAAACAUGACGGAAGCGAAUGAACUCGUUAAAUAUCAAAGAGAAUUAAAAGAGGAGGAGGAACUGAUCGUUUCAAUGUUAUCGAAAAUAGAUGAGCAGCUUCACGCACUCCAGGUCGAACAACUUCAUCUAGCGAAUGCUUCAAAUUCUGGGAAACAAACAAAAUCAGCGUCGCAAGAUUCGGUCAGUACAAAUACAGUGCCGAUGGAAACUAAUGUGAAGAAGGAACUGGAUCUUGAGGUUCCGAACACUUGGCAGGAGAGUGAAAAUGACGAGGAAGACGACAGCAACUAAUAAAACAAAUCAUAUCUAUCUUGAAUUGAA